CUUAACACCGUAAUCCCUAAACCAUAUUUUUUUCCUUGUAAUGGUCGGCCCCUCAAGCUCGGAUCCGAACUCGUCCAACGUGGUUGAUUUACGAGUUCGGUUGCCGGUACCUCCAGAAAAUAGCCUAAUGACCAUCAAGCUCGCGAGUGUGGAUCGUGCAGACCCUGGUGUGCAAUAUGUUCUUCUGCCAUCCCAGACCCUAGUUUCGAUAAGGGAGGACUACCAGGCCCGACUAGGAUACGGACCAUACGAGCUCGCAAUUUGUUUGUUUCAAGAAUAUGCAAAAAGUCUCGACGAGGAAAUAUCCGUGGCAGAAAACGAGAUCAAGGACGGAGAGCUUAUAUAUGUUCUUCCAAUGUAUGAUGAUAUAAACGCGGACACUUCCAAGGUUAGAUUCGACAUUUUACAAGAGGAUAUGUUUGGGUCACGACUGUAUGCAAUGCGCCACAGAGUUACAACCAAGAUGCAAACUGUGUACCAGGAAUGGGCCAACCACAUUAGGGUUCCGGAGGGUAGGGUUAUGUUGUUUAGCCUUGAUGAAUUCGGUAACCGCAAGCAGAUUUCACGUUCAUCGACAAUCCAAGCGGCACGUAUAACCAACCACUCUGUUAUUACAGCAAUGACAUUAUAAAUAUGCGGUGUUAACUUGAUUUCGGAACCAUGUAAUAUGUCUACAAAUUAUGCUUUAUGUUUUCCGUGUUGUGUUGACGGUUUAUGUUUUUCGUGCUUUGUUAGUAGGAAUGAACGAUGUUAAUUUUUUUUUCCGGAAUCAUGUAUUAUGUAUUGUCAAUUAUGCAAUACGUGUUAUUCGUUCUUUGUUGAUUA